CCUCCCCUGUUCCCUUCCCCCUACUUCUGAUACAGGAAGCAGUGCAGGGAGGGACAGGCGGCACCGGGGAGCUGGUGCUGAGAGGAACCGGCUUUUUAUGAUGUAUCCCCACACGUAUUGGCUCCCGCCUGCCCCCCUCACCCUCCGCACUGCUGCCCUCUCUGAGAGGCAUCUGUCCCUCUCCGUGGCCCUCCCAACCUCUUUCAUUCAGCAGGUGCCAGUUGCCUAUGUCUGCAUGUGUAGAUCUGUGGAAGGCUGAUAGUUGUACUGUGAAGUGUUUUGUCACUACACUCAGUGUCUUUAAUACACAGAGCAGCAAUAUGAUGUAAAGUGAGCAUUUUUUUUGCAUGUGCACUCGUUUAUCACAAAUGCAUUUUAUCAAGACACGAACUAAUCAACCUGUGAUACAAGAUUUUGCACCAGCCAUCCAGGCAAUAAAGCCAACUCUAAAAUGUAGCAGUGCUUCUGAAAGUACUUCAGUUUAUAGCUAGACUGGCACAUUCCUGUGAAAAAGUUACCUCACUUAGCAUUUUUGUGCAAGAUGCUAUGCAGUUUAGUGGCAUUGCACAAAAUUUCUUAGUCAUUCAUUUUACAAAGUGGUGUAUAUAUAAGGAAAACAUUAAUUUUUGGAUGAAAAUGAUAUUGAGAAUUUUUAGUAGAUGUUAAAAUGCACAUAUCUGUCUUUUCAUCUAGUCGUCCAAAAUGUGUGGAUGAAGUUGCAUUCCAAGAGGAAGUCGUUGCUGUGCUGAAAAAAUCCUUAGAAGGAGCUGAUCUUCCCAAUCUCUUAUUUUAUGGUCCACCUGGAACUGGAAAGACUUCCACCAUUUUGGCAUUAGCCAGAGAACUCUAUGGGCCUGAAUUGUUCCGACAGAGGGUGCUUGAGUUAAAUGCUUCUGAUGAACGUGGAAUACAAGUGAUUCGAGAGAAAGUGAAGGCUUUUGCUCAGUUAACUGUAUCUGGAAAUCGCCCAGACGGUAAGAUUUGUCCUCCUUUUAAGAUUGUAAUCUUGGAUGAAGCAGACUCUAUGACUUCAGCAGCUCAGGCAGCCUUAAGACGUACUAUGGAGAGAGAAUCUAAAACUACACGCUUCUGCCUUAUUUGUAAUUACAUCAGCAGGAUAAUUGAACCCUUAACAUCUCGAUGCUCUAAAUUCCGUUUCAAGCCCCUGACAGAUAAAAUCCAGCGGCAGAGACUCCUGACCCUUUCUGAAAAGGAGAAUGUGAAAGUUAGCAAUGAGGCAAUAUCUUGUCUUGUUCAAGUGUCAGAAGGAGACUUAAGAAAAGCAAUCACAUUUCUUCAAAGUGCUACUCGAUUAACAGGUGGGAAAGAGAUCACGGAGAAGAUUGUCACUGAAAUUGCAGGGAUUGUCCCUAAGGAAACAAUUGAUGGCCUGCUCUCUGCCUGUCAAAGUGGCUCUUUUGAAAAACUGGAAACAGUAGCAAAGAAUCUGAUAAAUGAAGGGUAUGCUGUUGCUUUGCUUGUAAACCAGCUUCAUGAUGAUAUUGUUGAGAGAGAAGAUCUCACUGACAAGCAGAAAUCUAUUAUUGCAGAGAAGCUUGCUGAGGUAGACAAAUGCUUGACAGAUGGUGCAGAUGAGUACUUGCAGCUGAUCAGUCUCUGUGCCAUUGUGAUGCAGCAAUUAACACAGAACAGCUAGUUAUUCGGGGAGAAAUCGUACCAGCUGACUUCAGUGUGAACACCCAAGAUUUUUUUUAUUUGCUGUGUUACUCUUCUGAGACCAGUGAUCUGUACAUUUAUUCUGUGGUUUUGUAAUAAACUGCCCUGCAACUGAAAAACUCA